ACCAAAACAAUGUCAAUUUUCUUCUCACACGGGCAAAAACCGUCAUAACAUAGUGCAGCGCAUUGACCACAAAUUCGGGAAAAAGCUCAACAAUUCACACAAUUGUGUAGCAAAGAUUGUCCAUCACAAUGAGUCAACCCACGGAGGAAAAGAUGGACAUCGAUAAUGAGAGUGCAUCCGCUACCGGCAGCACAUCAUCGACGGCUUCGGCUGCGAUGCCAAUGGUUGCAUCCACCUCGAAAGCUGCAUCACCGCCCGGUGUGUCGGAUAUGGAUAGUGCCGGCGGAUCUAGCGCUAAGCCUGUGCCGAUCCAGCCAGAGGGUAGAAAUGUGAUGGCCAGCAGUGCAACGAUUCCGUCAGUUACCUGUUCCCUGCAUCCGCUCGUGAUUAUGAACAUUGCUGACCAUUGGACACGUACCAGAGCACAGAAGAGCAGCAAACCGUUAGUGUUUGGUGCGCUCAUUGGCAAGCAAAAGGGUCGUAACAUCGAGGUGAUGAAUUCGUUCGAGCUCAAGUACGAUAUAGUGAACGACGUGGUUAUUAUUGCUAUGGAUUAUUAUCAGGUGAAGGAAGAGCAGUAUAAACAAGUGUUUAGUGAUCUCGAUUUUCUCGGAUGGUACACGACAGACACUAUUCCAUCGGAGAAACACAUUAACAUUCACAAGCAAAUCUGCGAAAUCAACGAGUGUCCUUUGAUGUUACUGAUGGAUCCGCUUAAUCGUAACAUGAACCUUCCAGUCGCUCUGUAUGAAUCUGUGAUCGAUAUAGUGCAGGGCGAAGCCAUGAUGUUGUUUGUGCCGCUUGUCUACACACUCGCAACGGAGGAAGCGGAACGCAUCGGUGUCGAUCAUGUGGCCCGCAUGUCCAAUAAUGAGACUGACACUAACUCCACCGUAGCCGAGCAUCUGCUCGCACAAUACAAUGCGAUCAAAAUGUUGAACUCGCGCGUUAAGAUCAUACUGGCUUACAUAAAGGCGGUCGAGAAUAAUCAGCUCAAACCGAACCAGGAAAUACUUCGAAUGGCCUACUCACUCAGCCGUCGUCUACCCAUCGUGCAGAAUCCCUCUUUUAAGGAAGAUUUUUACACGCAAUCCAACGACGUCGGACUGAUCACAUACCUGGGAGCGCUAACAAAGGUAGCAAACGAUAUGAACCAGCUGGUAAAUAAGUUUAACGUUCUCUACGACCGUCAAGCAAUGGGACGACGCUUACGAGGCAUUUUCUUCUAAUACUCCAGCACCCAGCUCAGCUGCUUACUUUUAGUACGUUUCUUUUAUUCUGUUUUUCAUCGCUCCCUUGUUUUAUUACAAACAUCGUAUCCAUCUUUAGCACAUUUGCAAACCGUUUUGUAUAGUUCUGCUAUGCAAUAAACAAGAAGAAAUGGGACUUUAAA